AUGUCCCAGUCUAAUAAUUCCGCGGCUGAUUUAUCCCUCAAGGAAUACUAUGAACAUCUCAAGUCAAUAAUCAAAAGGUUGAACAGGUAAGGACACCAUUUGGCUGCAUGCCUUCUCUUUAGGAAAGUGAGCGAUAGCCCAGACUGCCGGCAAAAAAUUAUCCGCCAGCUGAACAAACAGGGUGUGGACGUAUCCACUGCCGUAAAGAUAAUACAAACUGAAAGAAAGACCUCCCGUAGGCGCAGAGAUAGCAGUUCCAGCGAAGAAAGUGAUUCGGACAGCGAUUCAGACUCCGACUCCGAAAGCAGCAGCGAAAGCAGCAGCAGCAGCAGCAGCGGAAGCAGCAGUGAGAGCAGCAGCGAAAGUAGCAGCAGCGAAAGCAGCAGCAGCAGUAGUGACAGCGAAAGCACCUCAGAUGAUUGCAGUUCGAGUAGUGACGACUCGGAUUCGGACAGCAGUUCCGACAGUGAGUCUGACAGUAGCAGUAGUAGCAGCAGUUCAGAGGACCAGAAAAAAGUAAGCCCCCAGAAGAAACAGAACGCCCAAAAGAAUGUUAAGUUGUCCAAAAUUCCGAUGAUAUGAACACUUUGCUCCUCAGUAAACUUGGAUAUUUUGCAUCUGAAAAGUUAUGUACAUACAAAUAUCUUCCCUAACAGAAUUUUUAAAAUUGUGCUGUAUUUUAAACAAGACGUACAUUGGCGAAACACUAUGAGGUAACACUUUACGCUUCUUUUUCAUACCAGUAGAUAUAACUCGCGCCUAUUUUAAGACGGCCUGGAAAUUCAAAUGACAGUUUCUUUCAGAUCGCUGUCUUUGCUACCGUCAUCUUAUAACCAAAGGGAAGUUGCUGUAUUUGCUUGCGUGCUUCGAUGGCGUCGUAGCUGGAACCGUUGUUUUCAACUCUGAUCUGCCCCCGAGCUUACCAAAACCCAGAGACAAAAAAGGUUUAGAGCUUUGACAGAUAAUAAAAGGUCUACACUUCUGUCAACAUCCGGGUUUCAAAGUUAAAACGCUAGCGUCCUCGGGAGAUCAAAAUGACUUCUUAUUUCAGCGAUGACACCCAUGUCUGAUGAUGAAUAAUCGAAGGCGUACGCUUGCCGGACUUGACUAUUUUACUUUCUUUUUCGCGGGGACUUUUCAAUCUGCGUAGUUUGAUUUGUUGCUGCCAUAAAAGUAAACCAAGAGUUUCUGUCUUAGGUUGACGCAUUUAAUGCCACGACAUUCAAAACAUGUAGUCUUGAGUUUCCGAAGUGCACCGACCAUCAACACGAUUUUUGCUCGCGAACUUGAUUUCUUCCAACAGUCUACCACAAAAAGUAUAAGUUUUUGAAAUUACGAACCAUGGCAAGUGUUUUUUUUAUAUGAGGAACGUCCCUUAGACUACAAUAGACCGCCUUCUGAGGCCGCACGAAGGUAGCACUAGCCCAUUUCCACAGCUGUAGCAGCCCAGCAGAUGGAGCACCUGACCUGGAUGUUGGGAGUCGGCCGUUUUUUGGCUGCAGAAGUUCCGAAGUGGCAAUUCGGCAGGCGUACGGGUUCAAUCGACCACAGAAAGUUCUGGAACAUUAUCUAUUGGUGUGUGAUUAAAUUCUGAAAAGAAGUUAAAGAAUUUACUCAUGUCUCUGGAAUUUCACUUGACACCUGUUUGGAUCUAACGAACCACCACUAACGUUGUUUAGCAUGGACGCUAAACAGAAGCGUUCUAAUGCAUACUAAAAGAACUGGCUGCCGGCAAAAUGAGUUGGAAGCUUGACUAAUAUUGCACAAUGUAAAGCGAUCUCUGAGGUGUACCGUUCUUUGCUCUUUAGGUCUGAAGAUCAAAGCUUAAAGCAGAAGAGUAGAACCGUCCCUGUGGACAAGGAUUAGGAAACAAUGCUGGCCAGAAAUAGCAGUAAUUGGUUUUCCACCGGGACAUUUGACUUCUGUUGUUGACAAGAGUGGACCACAAUUCCGACUGCUCGUCAGUUAUUCACCGCCAGUUAUACAUUUUUGCACUCGUAUAGCGAUAUGAAACUAACUAAUUAGUCCGUGAUUGCUUGCAUCGUUUUGCACUCGCACGAGGGACAAAUUGGAUUUGUGAUGAAAAUGUGAGAGGCAUAAUCUGCUUAAUUAGUCUGGGGGCUUGUCAUAUUUCAAUAAGGACUUUUGAUUGAGUGCAUCAACUUCCUCCUGGCUUAAUCUUUUGCGGCUUUGCAAAAAGUAUGGUUUUUGGGGUGUGCAGCAACCGCAUCCGGUAAACAAGCCAGUCACCUUUUUUUCAAAAUCAUCAUGUCUGAUGAUGUGUUGGAGGACAAACUAAAAACGAAAGGCAAACAAUGAGUUGUCCUGCAACCCGGCCUUCCUUUUUCGCAUGAAUUGUGUUCAACUGAUCGUUAUUCUCAUUCACCUAGCACGCAUAUUUCAUGGAAAAUGCCUUUACCGUAAGCUCAGCCAUGGUAGAAGCUAUAGUCCGGAUAAAUGUUUUGCACUAGAUUCGCGGCUGAAUUAGUAGGUACCAUGGCGUUUACAAGGCAGUUUCUUGAAAAAUAUCUAGUCGUAAAAUAACAACAGGGCAAAGUGGCUAAGAGUGCUGGAAAGGUCACCUUUGUCAACGAAGACAUCGAGCCUGAAGAGUCAGGCUGGACCGUUCCACUUUGGCCCCAGCCAGCCGCUUUGUUGGAAAUAAGACGGGAUGAAGGUACAAGUAAUUUACAAACUGGGGUUAUACCGAAAACCACAUGAAGAACGUCGGUGCGUCGAUGGUGAGCCGAACCCUCUGGAGUGUGGGAAGUCGACAAAACGCGCAUGGACGCUUGGGAAUUUGCAGAUGUGAGCACUACGCCAGUAGAAGGUUGAAGUUGAUGCCAUUCAAGUCCAGUGCUUACGCAUAUCAUGUCCCAACGGUCUUAAUCUUAGUUUUUUACAUUAUUUUUUAACGAAGUUGCAUUUAAUUUUGCUUAUGAGCCCAUUUGUUUCCUAUUGUGGCCAUUAUAAUGAGAAGAGAUUGCUAAGCAGUACCAUCGAGUGGGUCUCAGCACUCAGUGUGUAACAAAUGGUCACACUAAUCAACCGCAGGUUAGGGACAAUGUAACGCGGAAAACUGAUAAGAGAUUGGUUGUCUUCCCUCAACCAGCACACCUACAGAUCUUCAUGGAGACUAUUUAUGGCGCAAAAGCACAUUUCUAUGGAAAAAGCAAGUACCGAUUAACGGCGAGCGUGUGCGGACUUUCGAAUUUGCGCGUUUUUUUAGGCAGGCCCGUAUUGAAGUCCACCGGAGUAGGAAGGGCAUCUAGCAUAUUUUUUCCAGUGGCUUGCUACCCGUGAAACUAAUUUUGACACAUCGAUAAAUAAAGCUGGCUGAGUAGAAAAGUAGUAUAAAACUUUGUCGUCUGAGAUAUAUACUUGGGUCUAUUUUAACAAUAUUCUACAUAGAGAUUAUACAUUCGUCCAUAUAUCAACUUCAGGGAGGUGAGUUACGUUGUUGAAACACUCGGCAGGAUCCUACUACAUGAAAUAAUAAUGGAUCUUUGCGAAAGUGCCAUAGUGUUAAAUAACUCUCGGCAUUUUCACUCUAAAAACUGGGGUUCAUAGGACUGGGCAAAACUCAAAAGCUUUUAUAUAAUGAGAGUAUGAGAGUCAUCUUGAUGCCAGUCUGAAAUUAAAGGAAGUGCGGGUUUCACAGAAUGUAAAAUUCAAUGAAGUCGAAAAGUUCGCGAAAGUUCAUCAGGGUUGCCAUCGCACUCUCUUCAAAUGAUGGUAGAGUUGAGAUACCGCCUUUCCAUACCGUCUUCUGUCAAUUUGACCUUUGGUUAAGGGAAGUCCUCUUUCCUGUGAAGGAUCGUGUCGAAAAAGGUUAGUCAGUUGUAAUUUUCAUGCGCACUCAUUGACUAUUUCUCCGCAAAUGGCCUGCUCAUGCCAGUAAACUGUUACUCUACCGUCUCCAACUAUCUACUAAAACAAAAAUCUCAUCAAGAUAUCCUACAUGCCUUGUAUUCUGGCUCGAAAUUGCUCACAGAGUUCUAUGGGGAAAUCGAACGAGCAACCUACUGUUAGACUGUCCAAGUACCUGUAUGAAUAACAGUUGAAAAGGAGGUUUGCUUGCAUGCAUAAAUAUAGAUACUUACACAAAGUUAGUGACUUCAAACCAAAUAUUAUAUCAAUGGUUGCACACAACAGCGCAUCGGAUGGACAGACUUUGGACUGCUUCACAGUCUGUGUGAAAGCAGAGGUAACUUUUAUCGCGGACGCAACACGAUCUCAACAGGCCAGUUUGCCAGACAAAAGCUAUGUGAGCUUGUAUGAGAAAUCAUUAUGGCCGAUAUCGUUUAACCUUAUUUGGUUUGUUCGUCAAAAUUUACUUUGGAAGAGAAUGAUCCAACCCCCCUAGUUGGCCUUUAUUCUGGCUUAGGGCAUUUCCCUGCACAUUCACAAAUAACUUCAUGCCAAUGAAUUGCCUCCUGCCCAAAUUUCUAACCUUUUAAAUGCACAAAAUUAAAAUAUAAUUGUGCCAUUAAUGCAUAAUGGGAUCGCAGCGAAUCCCAGUUUUAUUUGAAUGAAAUGGCAGGAUCAAACUUACAAAUUUUGACUGGUGACGACCAGUUUGAAGUAUACGAUGGUCUGUAGGAAGUCACUGCGUGAACUAGAGAACCGCAGAAAGCCAGGUCACCGGCAGUUAACUGGGAGUAAACCGUGAAGUCUGUGCUUGGAUGAUGAUGAUGAUGAUGACGACGACGACGACAAUAAUAAUAAUAAUAAUAAUAAUGGUGAAGAGGAUUAUGAUGAUGACGGAGGAGGAGGAGGGGAGGGUAUCGUGACGCUUAAAAUCCGUAUUACGGGUGGUUCCUGUUUGCCCCUCCUGUCAUGGGGAGGGGACAUGUAAGCAAUCACUACCGACUGGGUUUUACUAUUGCGUCAACGAGGUGAAACCAUUUGUACAGAAUUUUGAGGUUUUUGUUUAAUUUCAGAGGAAAUAAAUGCGCGAACUUGGAGUAAUUCAUUUGGAAAAGACCUUUUCAGGCACGGUCCGAAAUUUGAUAAGAACAGUUGAGCUGAAAUCCAUCAGCUACUGCGGUAUAACCGCGUAAUAUUCCCAAACCGCCAACAGACAGCCAGUAGUAUAGAAUUUGGUAAUUAUUUACCGUACACAGAACACGGUCAUUAGCUAAAAGCCUUUUAGCUAAUACUUGUGUUGUUAAUACGGUAAAUAAUUACAAAUUUUGAAGUCUGUUAUUUAUUUUUUUGGGAAUAUACUGUUUGACUUGUAUGGAUACUUUAAAAAGUCGUCGGGGAAUCUUUUUUGCAAAGCAUAUGUCUGCGAAUGUCUACGAAGCGAAAACUCAGCAUACUUUUCCCCGUGGAAAAUAAUUUAAAAUUGGAAAUCUGAAUCUCACGUCAUGAUAAUAUCCUCUACGUUUAGUCGUCAUUUUCUACCAACUUAAGCGAUAACUCCAAAAACUGGUGUUAACGCAUAUGUAAAUUGGCAUGUAAGAUUGUUGUAGGCGGUCAUUUCAAAAUCUAAUCUCUAACUUCCAGCAAAAUUACUGUGAGAAUGUGGAUUUUUAUCUCUCAUUUACAUGCAACACACCUGAGCAAGGGAAAAGGAGACUGGUUGAGCACCGAAACCAUUUUUUCACCUUUCCACAUUUGCAAACUCUUGGCGGAACCCCCCCCCCCCCGAGAAGACAGCAGAGACAGAACAACCCACAAUUAAAGGCGUAUUAGCCAAUCAAGAAUCGACGACUGCAAAAGGCUCCGUAUGGCGAUGCCAGAUCCAGACAUCAACUAACAGAGUUCUAAUCCGACGCUUAGGAUCCAAUCACUUUUCGACUUGUCACGCCUCCGGUAUGCGCAAUUAUCGCGGAGAUUGCGAAGUUGAACUAGUAAACCGUUUCGGUGGUGUGGGCCGCCACUGGCGAUAAGUCGUUAUGCUUGUGUCAUUCGGGUCGCUCAUUCAGGAAUCAUCGCAGGCAGUCUCAUAGCGACUGGACUGCGCUGGCAGACCCUGUUAUCGGAUGUCGUCACACAAACUAGGACCCCUGCCACGUCCCGCAAUGUUUUGUCGGUCAAAAUCCUGGUCAUCUGUUGUGUGGACCAGGUGGUGCGGGUUGGAGCACCAAGCCAUCCACCUACGGCCUCCCACGUCUCCGGUCUUCUGGACUCUGUCUUGACACCGGGCUCAGGCGGGGGAGGAGGAGAGAGUGUGGUAGAUGCAGUGCAAGUCUACUGACACUAUAAACCCCUGCGCAAGUCACCGUCCCUGCUCCCACCACCUGCCGUGGGACAUCGUCGGUGGACAUCGUCGGAUACGACGGUCGAACUUUCGCGUGCGUGCGUGUGAGGCGGUUGGCUAGAGGACUGGGGGUCAGGCUCACUGUUUCCCUCCCAACGUGGCCUCUAAAGCGCUUUCACGAACUUUAAAUCCGAGCCCUCCUUUCUGUGAAAACCUGGCACAUUCUGCAGGGACCAAAUCUUGAAUUGUACCUGUAGACAGUUUGUCUAGCUUUGUCAGCCACUGCGCCCGUACAUUUGACACUGCCUUGCCGUCGAAGCAUAGUGGGGGAGGGAGGAGAGAGUGCGGUAGAUGCUGUCCAAGUCUGCCUCACUAUAAAUCCAGUCACGCUCAAAUAACUGGCGCUGCACCCUCAUGAAAACUUUCGAUGUCGUCGCUUGUGACGUCGGGCUGUCAUACGUAGUUGAGGUGCUAGUUUCCAGGGAAAUUCAGCGCACUCCUCAUUAGAACAAACAUGACACGCAUCAGAUGGCAAUCUCAGUUCAUGCCAGCCACUGCGUCCAGUGUCGCUGACUUGGACAGGUCACGGAUGUCUGGGAAAUGGAAGAAAUUAAGCCCGAUCCGGCUUAAACUUCCUCACUGUAAACAAGCAAAUGUAUUUUGACGCAGUCACGAUGCGCCAAUGGCCGUGAACAGAUCAGAGACCCCUGAUUGAAGCCAAGUACGCGUGGAAACAAGCACAAGCUCCUGCGUGUCAAGCGCAAGUGGGUCGAGUAACCUUGUCAGCCAUUGCAGCCACGCCUGCACCCACCAUUACGUGUCAUGCCCUCGGAACACAGUGGUAGUGGAAAAAAAGCGUGCAAUGUCGAAGGUGAAAGUUGACGUUACUAAAAACACCCACAGCUCCACCCAAAUAGCGAGACCUCGUCGUUGUGACGAUCGGACUAAGGUUGUCACUUAAUCGAAUUAGUGAAGUGAACCAGUGUAGAGAGAUCUCGGGUGUGCAGUCUCGUUUUAAUCAUCUUUGCAUUGUUUCCCCUGACUGCCAGUAUGCGAAAUCAUUCGUGGAGGACACUAGGUGACUGUAUUUAAAUCAGAAAGGGUCAACUCACGAAAAAAGAAAUCGUACACAUUUCCAAAUAAAAGCGUUAUAUGACUGGCUUCGUCAGUGAUUUUACAGCCAGACAAGGACGUGAUGAAAUCACUCCUGUAGGGCAAAGAUUUGUGAGAUUUUAAGAGAGAACCCAUUGUUCAGUAACUUCGGAAGACUUUCUGGUAAGCCAUACAAAUUGGCCUCUUUUCAGAUUCAUGCAUUAAAUGCAUCUGAUGCUUCAUUUGUGGAUAAAAAGCCGUUCCACACUUUAAAAGUCUCAAAUAUUCUAUGUGAAAGCUUUAGCCUGAAACAAGCACCACAUCGAAACGAAGAAGGAGUGUCGAUAGGCGUAGGUAGAUGCCUGACUGGACGUACAACUUGUCACACUUCGUUUCCGACAGAAGCAAAGAGGCAAAUCCAAGGACUCAGCUGAGAAGAAGAAUAUGCAACCGCCGGAACAAGAAGUUUAUUGACUCGAAGUUCUGGAUUCCCACUUGGAUCGAUUAUCAGAGACAACCACAGAAAAUAAUAGCAGGAAUGCGAGGAGCACGACCGGCGACCGCAUGCUUACAAUAAUCAGCAGCAAUCGCGUUCAUCGUUGGAGGUCUUAUUUGAUGUGCUGGUUGCUUGUCGGUCCAUACCUGAGCCGUUAAUGGCUGUGAUUUCCUCCUCAUUGAUGGCUCUUGACGUGACGAUUACUCGUCAGCUUGGCUCACCAUCACCGUGGCUGUUGGUCGCCCGCGUCCGUCCGGCGUGCCUAAUUAUUUCGCCCAGACAAAAUCGGAGCAUAGAAUAUGGCAGCAGAAGGUCAUUGAGCUCGUUAACUGAAUGUGGGAAUGUUUAGAAAGGCGACUAAUGCGACGCAAAUGCUUAUAAUACAGUGAAAGACGUCGAUAGGCUAAACCAGCGCUUUGUUCACAUAACUGGCAUGGGAAACCGAGAGAAGCGAGACGGCAAGCGCAUGUCAAGAGUUACCGAUGAGUUCUAAGUGAUGUGAGUUGUCCCAUCAAGUUAUGUGUAUUACGCUAAUGAGAUAGGAAACUGUAAUUGAUCGAUUGCGCGCAAUCAGUACAGGGAAUUAUAGGUUCUAAGAAUGAUCUAGCUGAGGACGUCUGAUGUAGCAACUCCAGCCCAUCCAGUUUCAAAUUUAUUAUUCUCAGGACUCGCCAUCGUCAUUAUAUUGACAGUUCGAUCGUCGUACCCGAGGAUGUCCAGCGUGUGCUGCACAGCAAGCUGAAGCAGGCACGGUGACUUGCGUGUGAAUUGGUUUGUAGUGAUAGUAGACAUGCGUUGCAUCUACCGCACUUUCUCCUCCACCACCUAAACCCGGUGUCAAGAGACAGUCAAGAUGACCGGAGGUGGGAGAGGUGGCACGGCCAGAUCUGCACCUAGACAUACCACCACUUCCCCCUGGUCUACAACAAACACUUGAUAAGGAUUUUAAACAACAACAACAGCACUACAACUGGUCAGAAAGACGACGAGGAUAACUGGGCAGCCAUGCUCACACUGAGCACUACCUAAGGUUAGGUCAAAGAGGGGGAAUUUACAUAGCACGGAUUUUUCGGGAAAUUUUUUCGGAACUACUUGUUAAUUAGGAACUGCUUUGGAGGACUUGCCUGUACCUCUGAGUUUGCUGAAUGAGGCCAGGCUUGAAUUCAGGCCAAUUCCAUACAUUUUUAAAAAAGUAGGUAAGGGGAAAUUUGAAAACGCAAAAAGACUGAGGGCACUGACAACGGGAUACGAGCACAGCCGUGGCCUGAGGCAAUAUGGCAAAGUUCGUUAAAAGCUCUUGCUCCAGCCAUCGUUUCUCCUUCUUCACGAAUACUUCCUGAAACUCGCCUCUUCGCUUUUAGAAGAAAAGAUAUUUAAAUGUGGCGUGCACGUUCAGCUUGACGAUACAGCAUGUGUUGUUCACGAACGUCUGAAAACGGCUUGAUGAACGGAUCUAAGAACUUAGUAGUAUCACAAACUUUGAUCCCCAAUAUUGUCACCAAUUAAAAGGGGACACUAUUUUUUACCAGUUAGUAAUAGUGGUAAAUGACUUUAGCACACCUUUGCAGGCAUUGCCAAGAAGGUAUUGCAUUGUCGAAUCUUUACUACGAUGGGCACCUUAAAGCGCCUUCGCCGCCCUCACGCAACAGCUACUGCGAAGUCUUUUUGUUUCUUUCUCUAGGCACACAAAAAUAAAUAUCGUCUGUUAUUUUAUUCUAGCACAAUUGCUCCCCGCAGUAAAAAAAACCUGGCCAUAAACCAUACCCUUGCCGGACGAGCCAGUUGGGGUUGUUACAUAUGACCAAUUCCUUUGGUCCUUGGACAGUUUGGUAACCUGCCUCUGAGCAAAUGUUAGGAAUUUAUAGCCACAGUGAGACCCAUUUCUUCGAGCUUGGCUUGUAUUUGCAAAUUGAGGUCAAGGCAGUGAAUUGAGGGUUCCAUUAAGCUUGUCAUUUAUUAUUGGCAAGUCCAUCUACACUCUCGUUUUUAGAAGUUCCGCGUCCAGUCGAUUGUUAUUAAAACUGGAGUCACUGUUUUAGUUACCAAGCCGUUGUACAGUACGAUUGCACAAGUCAGAACCCUGGAUUAAAGUCAUUAUUUCGGCCGACUGAGGUCUUUCUAGCAAUGCUCUUCACCAUAACAGUUCAACCGUUGUGCUCGACGAUGUCCACCUUGUGGUAUUCAGCAAGAUAAGGCAGGCGCGGUGACUUGCUUAGCAUCUGCCGCACUCCCUCCUCCUCCUCCUCCUCCACCUGGACCCGGUGUCAAGACGUAGUCAAGGAUAUCGGAGGUGGGAGAGGGUGCAUGUGGCUGGUACGGCCGGAUCCGCACUUAGGUAUACCUAGGUAUGUCACCACAUCCCCCUAGUCUACAACAAACACUUGAUAAGGAUUUUAACCAACAACAACAGCACCACAAUGGGUCAGAGGGACGACGAGGAAGACUGGGCAGCCGUGGUCACGACCUGUGUACCCCGCGGGAAUACAAGCGCAUUUACCGGCACCGAACUAGGUGUCAGAGAACUGCCAGCGCAUAUCAGGCUGCGGGCGGCAUGGUUCGCAGGUCAUGGCAUAGCCGAUGCUUACAUACCUCGUGUCAUUGAACCACGGUGCAGUUUAUUGCAGUGUCCAGUAAAAAGCUGAUGGGAAAGAGUUACCUUGUGCGCAGACAGAUCUGACAUCGCUUUGUCUAGCAACCCUGGAGGUCAUCAGUCGAACAAAAGGGAAAAUCCGGUUUAUUUCCCUCUGUGCAAGAAAGGAGCUAAACUGUUUUGACAUUGCCAAUUUCGCACCGACUUUGGCUGUGCCUGACAAAACCUGCACUUGUAUUUGAAAAGUCGGCUGGCCUUGGAAUUUCUUAAAUAACUGUGACCUCAUACUUAUGAUAUUUAUGUGAUUCUCGGACUUGUGCUAAAACGCGGACCAUAUGGACGCGUUAAAAGACCUACAGUGAGCGACCUAUCUCAUGAAAUGUUGACUGAAAUUCUGAAACGUGUUUUCGAUUGGGAAGGAUUACUGAGGCGCGGUUGUAAUACUAAUUAUCUUGCGGCAUCAUAGUAUAGUAUUUCAGACUUGACAGGAUGUCAGCUUUUAAACACACCGCUUUUUAGUCUCCUGUAGAAAAUGUACUCGGUAAAAAAUGACUACUUAAUUAGCAUGCAUUUUUCUCAUUGAUUUUCGAUGGUCUUGCAAAUUCAAAUAUAUCUUAUAGAAAACAUAAACAAAAAUAAGGUUUCUUUCAGUCAAUUAGUAGACAAUCACGUCUUCUUUAUAUUUUUUAUUCAAGGAGGGAGUAUAAUUAGGUUUUAAAAAAGUUUCUAAUUAUGAGAUUUUUUAAGACCGCGCAAUGUCCAUUCACAUAGCAUCGUACCUGGCCGUUUAUGACAGCUCCUCGUGAAAUGUACAAUAUAGUCCGGAUCCAUUGCAAAAUUUUAUAAACUCUAUAUGGUAUCUUCCUAAAAGCAUAGAGGAAUAUGUUAUUUUCCUUAUGCAGAAAGCAUGCACCUCGUAAACUUAAUUUGCUUAACGCUAAUGCAAUGGCAGAUCUGACUCAAAAUUAUUCGCGGAUUGGAAAACUUUUUGAAACCUAAUUAUACUCCCUCCUUGAAUAAAAAAUAUAAUGAGGACGUGCUGGUCUAUUAAUUGACUGAAAUAAAGCGUAUUUUUGUUUAUGGUUUCUAAGAGAUAUAUUUGAAUUUGCAAGACCAUCGAAAAUCAAUGAGAAAAAUGCAUGCUAAUUAAGUAGUCAUUUUUUACCGAGUACAUUUUCUACAGGAGACUAAAAAGCGGUGUGUUUAAAAGCUGACAUCCUGUCAAGUCUGAAAUACUAUACUAUGAUGCCGCAAGAUAAUUAGUAUUACAACCGCGCCUCAGUAAUCCUUCCCAAUCGAAAACAUGUUUCAGAAUUUCUGUCAACAUUUCAUGAGAUAGGUCACUCACUGUAGGUCGACUCCUGAACGUCCAAUAAGACAAUUCCUUCGUGAGUAGAAAGAAGGACGGUCUUGUUUUAUCCAUGGAAUAGCAAAGUUGCAUCGCGUUUUUACAUCUGAUGUCCGAAAUUCUGCUGCGAUCUCAAUGUAAACCUUGGUAUGAGGUUUUCCAACGUCUUCGACAACUGAGUGAAGGUUCGGUAUGCCAAACCAAGAUCAUUCAAGGUUUCAUGUAUUCUAUGGAGCCGCUGAGAUCCACUGAAUGCUCGUUUUCACUAUCGAACGAAACCGAUUGACCAAUUUCAUCAACAAACGGCAGUUAACUGACAUUCAACCGAGUCCAGAAGAUAGCAUUUGUGAAGUGAUAACGGUAAAGGGCUCAGGUUUCUGCCCAAAGAAAGUCACACGACAAAGUGUACCGCCCCUGAUAAUAUCGUCUUGCGUACAAGCCCUCAAGAUCGGCGAACCAGUUGCAGUAGACACCCUUCACCCCCGCCUCACUUACCCACAAUGGCCCAGAACACUGGGUCAUCGCAGGGACCUGUCUGGUCAUAAGCGGUUUCGUGAGAACCUCCGGUAAAACGCCGCAGUCCAGACCCCAUCACCACACCUCGCCCUACCUGCUCCCACACACUAGCCUGGGUUGUAUAUGAACCUAUUUCAAAAAAGCAAAUGCGCUUCAUUUACGCAACAAAAUGCCCCUCUCUCCUGUAGCAUGCAUGCGAUCCGCUCUGACAUUAUCGCUAUGGCGGGUGGAGCGUCACUCACCUCGCUUGCAUGGAAGAUAUGCCCUUUGUGGUAGCCUGGCACAUGUAUUGGAUCAUGUGAGGCACACGUAGACGGACCAUCAAGCUCUGUCGGUCUCUUCGCUCAAUCUCAUCGCCACUUUACAGAGAGGCUCUGACAGUCGAUUGGCAUAUGGGAGGGGAAGGGGAGAGUGAGGCCGACAAUGGGUAAUACACUCCACGGAACAUCAGCCGCUUCCUCGAUGAAAUAAAUCUGGCAGCCCCCAUGUCUAUGAAAACACACCAAGAGUUGUGGCUUGGAAGGCUGCCAACUGACGGGAUAAGUCGGUCCCCGUGGAAGUAUUCUGGAGAUACUGGAAGGCCGCUCUAGGCUCAGUGAUUCCUUCUUGAUGAGGUCUUUAUGACACUCUUAAUGAUGUGAGAUCCGAGUCGCCUUAUGAAAGCCUAAUACUUAUUGUGGGGCCACACCCUGUUGGGCACGCCUAGGCGGGCUGUUUAACUUUGUCAGCCACAUCAUCCGCGCCCGCUAGCGGCCGUUUUGCCGUCUGAAUAAAGUUCUUGAGGGAGGAGGGAGUGCGAUAGACGCUCUGCAAGUCUGUCUUACGAUAAUAUAAUUCACAUGCAAGUCACCGGUACUGCGCUUACUCUGUGGGGCAUGUGGUAGAAAUUGUCGCCUGCGACGGUCGAACGGUCACUAUGCUUCGGUGAGUCAUCUGACCCUUAAAUAGGUAAGAUGUGAUUAUGUAACCGCACCUAAUAGACACAAUACUGUUGACCUACUUCAUUAUUUUGAGUUGGUGUAAUUACGUUGGCAUGGUGCUGCUGUGCGUUGCAGUGGGUGUUCUGUUGGUGGCCUUGUUUCUUUGUUGCCGAGUCGACCUUUUUUGGCCCAAUGUCGGCGGUCUUUCUUGACUUUCGGCUGCCGUCUCCUUCUAACUUUCGCGUUGGAUGUUUCAGGGCUAGGGUUUAGGGCUGCGGCUAAGGUUCAGGGGUUAAGGUUAGGGGUUAGGGAUGAGAGUUAGGGGAUAAGGGAUAGGAGUUAGGGCAACUAUUUAUCAGCCACUCAAAGUACAACCGCGCAUUCCCAAUAGCUUUUCUUUUGCACGCAAUUAUUUGACCUCGUCGCCCUGACUGUCCGCGUCGUGAUAGUUCCAAAGCACACUUGGCUGUUUAGAAUGGGGAAGCAGCCACGGGAUCUAAACUGGCUCCGGCUUAAUCUCUUUCCUCCCCGAUACCUCAGCAACCUGUUCGAAUUAAGCUCACUAGCAGUGAAAUUGGACAAAAUAACUGUCUUAAAGUGGAGUUGACGACCGAUAGUGCUUCACAUCAGCCUGAAGCUUGCAGAAGUGAGACGCACCCUAGAGAUCACACUAGAGAGGGACCAUUGCAGUCUGGCCAUGAGAGUUAACCUAAGUUAUCCUGACAGCAGGUAACCUUCCGUGACACGACCCUAGGAGUGUAGCAGUAGACUUAAGCGCGUCAUAUUUGUUGUAGUGAAGGAGUUUAAGCACCACGGGGAACAGAUCCACACCGCCGCCACAGUAUGCCAUGAGUGUGCGGACAAACAAACGAAGAAGGCUCCAGGCCACUGUGAGCUUCUACAGCGUUGGAUCUCAGAUUUUUAUCUCCAGCUGUGCCCACUCCCAGUUUUACCACGCCAAUUCCUACUAAACAUCACUAAUCAAGUGCUGUGCUAAUUUGAGUAAAUUCCGGUUUUUUAAUGUUUCAUUUGGCGGUUCGCUCGACGCAUCGAUAGCGACCGAUACCGUUUGACAACUUGCAACGCAUGUAGCUCAGCCUUCAGCUUACCAACACUGUGACGCCGACCGACAUAUUGAUUUCCAGUGAUUGAUCGCAGCCGGACAUAACUCAGUCGCGCGCUCACACCCCUGACGGAGAACAAAACACUAAUACCUGCCUCUCGCAGUUCGCCCGAACAACUACUGCCACAGCAUUCUGAGGUGCCUCCACUUUGCCGGUCACAGCAAAGCCUUUCUUAUUAAUUCAGCCUCACUAACUUUUGAUUUGGGGAGCUUCUCUUUGUCGACUAGCGCACCUCCACAUACUCUCAAGAAUCUUUCUUGGUUACGUGGUCGCGGACGUUGCCGGAGCGUAAACAGAUGAUUAUUUUGGAAGAACGGUUGGAUUAUAGCCGCCACCUAUCCAAUCUUAAGCUCAGCACAUGCUAGGAUGAAAUAUGUUCAGAUUCCCGUGCCGUCUGCGAUAAACAUAUUCAGACAAUCAGUUUAGCGUCAAAUCUCUAUGAGACUUGUGGUUUAACCCCUCCUCCCCAUCAUAACUUUUAACUAGCCGUCAUAGCAUUCGGCAAGCAGUUCUUAGGGACCCACACUUUCUUAUAACCUGUGUUUCUAUGGAUUCCAAAUCACCCCCCCCCCUACGAGGCUAUUCGAAACUGCGGGAGUGAUGUUUUGUUGAACCGACGGCCGCCGCCAAGGAUUAGUCAGCCAUUAUUUUACUAUGUGUAUCGGCUGGUGCCUUGACUGGUUUAGGCGGUUCUAGCUUGCAAAACCUUGCAAAUCGGUGCAACCCACUCAACCAUGGGGCCUUAGGCAACAUGUGACGCCAGUGGCUUUUGAAGACGUUUACAGAACUUAUGCCUACUCAGGGGGGGGGAAGGGCGUGAGUCUCCAGAUGUGUCAAGGGUUAUAUGAGGCGGUGUGCAGCUAUGGUAUCUAGAGUUCAAAUAUAAAACUAUUAAAUUGGAAACUGUGCUCACACCCCACAUGUCACGUACAUCCUGCAUGCCUUCAUGAGUCCCUUUUCAUGCUAACCUUACACACAUUCGUAGCAGAAGCCGAAGUUCUUAAGGUAUCGACCGAAACAUCAAAACGUUCUUCAAAAUUCAAAAUAUUCCAUAAGCGGAGUCGCAGUGGUUAUGAGCAUGGAACAUAUACCAAGAGAGUUCGCGUUUAGCACGCUGGUUUUGCUUGGGCACCUCUCUAACAACCUGCAUAAAUCGCUAUCUGAAAAAAUAGCAACUUAAGUACUGUUUAUUUCUUCCGCUGAUUUUCUACGCCCCACUUAAGCCUACUGGAGAUUAUACGGAGGGCAACGACGGGUCUAGCACCAAAUCUCAGCACAUUCUGAUCAUACCUACGGCUUGUUUUUGCCUAUUACACAAACCAGCCUAUAAACAAAGUCUAGUGGCUUCCAAUGCACACCGGAUACGCUCGCUUAGUCUAACUAACAAGCGAGGGCGGUUACUGGAUUUGCUCACUCCGCGGAACAGCUUUGCGAAGCCACAGAUAAGAGUUAAUGACCUGGGUGAAGGUUGCUGUGGAUUGGUCGCCUUGCAAUGAACAUAUCCGCCAUCAUGGUCCCCCCGCGCACUCUAUCGAAGUGAGUUUGAAAAUAGCUUGCCCCUAAACGAAGAUUCCGGUCUCAGGUUAGGCAAUCAGGGCUACAAGUCGAAUCAGAGGAGAUAUGUGACUCUGGAACUACUGGGCAGAUUCUAUAAAACUGGGUCAAACUGUCUGACCGACUGCAAGACGAAGACAUAAUCGAGCGUGGCAUAGGCAAGGUGCACUUGACCUUCGUUAAACCCCGUCGAAACCUAUGGAAUGGCCGUGUGGUCAACAAACAGAAUGGAAUGAAGGCUUCUGGCGAGGUUAUUAUUCAAGGAGAAGAGAAAUGACUUAUGCAUUCAGAAAACUCUAGUCGAUUGGACGUAAUCACAGUCGAUGAUACUUGCUCCCUGUUCUAUGAAUUUGGUGCUAAGAGAUCGAGUUCCCUUCGAAAGUCUUCAAGAUAUGAAGUUCAUAUCACUAGCAGGGUAGUAAGUAGCGAAGCAGUGGAGAGUAAGUCUGAAAACAGAACCCAUAAUGCCGACCUUUCUAGCCCAACUAAACUGAUUGUAUAAUACGCCCAACAAUAUAUAUUACUAGCUUCAAAUUUGCCCUAUUCCGAGUUCGGUAUGUUUAGUCGUUGGUCUUUUGUUUCCACCUCAGUCUUUACAGUCUUACAUGCUUUAAACAACGUGAUAUUUGCUAUUGUGCAUCCUGCCCACACUAUAUCUCCGCCACUUUACGGAGUAAGUCAGAUUGCCGAUGGGAGUAGUUACGUGGUUACUUAGAAUCUCUUUGUACAGAAUUUGGAUUUUCUGUUCCCAAAAGUUCAGGCCCCUUAUCUGCCGAUGUCAGAUGUUAAUAGUAAAAGCCCAGAAUCUGCAAAAAUACCGAGAUCGCAGGAUAUACAGAUAACACAAUAAAUGUGAAACGCCACUGACCUGAUCAUUUGGUGAAAAAUCAACCAAGACAUCUUCUCUAAAUGUUUUUGGUAAGAUGUGGUUAUGGAGCCCCACCGGAUGGGCAUAAUACUAUCGGGGUUGGGGUUAGGGGUAAUGGUUAGGGUUAGAGGUUAGGGCAACUAUUUUUCAGCUACUCAAAUUAAAUCCGCGCAUUUUUAACAGUUGUUCCUUUGCAUAGAAUUACUUGACCUCGUGGUCUUUGCGUUCUCCGGCCCCACCUGUAAAAACCCUACUACCACCGGACCCAUAUCACAGGCGGCUGGGGAUUGUUUACUUCAGGUGCGGUUAAAUAACCACACCUGACCAUCUUUUUUCCGAUAUUUGAACUUGCCUGACUUGACGAUAGGACACCACUGCUGUAAGACGCUUUGCGAUUGUUUUGGGCUAACUGUUAUUAUGUAAGCAGACAGUACUGUUCGAGAUAACUACAACUUCGGAGGACUUUAUAGGUGGCUCGACGGCGCGUUUGGUCUAAUGAAAAUUGUACCCACACACAACUUCAGAGUUCUCAAAACCUGGACUAGCACUGAACACGGACUGAACGCCUGAUAAGAUUUUCGGUCCGAAAUAGGGGUCACAGAUAAACCGAAAUCCCUCGUAGUAGAACCUAUGUGGUCGUAAUGGCGGUAUUCGCCUGAAGAAACAUGAGUACCCGACUCGGUUCGUAGAGCCCAUGUUCCUUCUCCAUCUCAUUACACACGCUUUGGUGCGACCUGUUAGUAAAUGCCUCUAAGAACUGAAAACGCCUUGGGCUGCCUACAUCGUAUGCUACAAAAAAAUUAGACCAAUUCCAUCUUAUUUAAGUCAGUCUGAGGGCCCAGAAAUACGCGAGAGUUGGUGUUAGGGCCGAUAAUUAACACUGAGGCGAGUUCACAAAGUUGGUGAACUGACUCUGACUCUGUCUCUGAUGAUGGAUUUGAGUGAGAAUCCGAGACGUCAGGCUAAUAAAGGUAUUGUUCCAGCGAUCGUGUCUUCUUCUUCGCGACUACUUCCUGGAACUCGCCUCUUCGCUUCUAUUAGCAAGUUGGUGAACUGUUGCUAUAUUUCGCCAGAAAUUCCAGUAUUGUUCCCGAUCACAGGUACAUCUUCCCUGCCAAUACGUUCAUUCUAUAAAUAUUCUGGAUAAAACCUUUAUCAGCAUAGUUUGAGUAACGGCCGUGAUUCCUCGAAAAAUGACUAAAAUCUAGAGUAUAGCGGUCACCAGCAGUAUUUAUGUUGAUCAAGGAAUUAAAAGGACACCUUUUCCUUUCAGUCAUUUAGUAAAAGAGCCCCCAGGACUGCUUACAGGAGGCUGCCAUGCCACUAAAUGUCAAGGCCGAUGCUGAGGGCAGUAAGCAGACAUUUCUUGAAAGGCACCGUGCGCAAUACCACUGAGUGACCACGUAGAGUUGCUGGUAAUUAAGCCAUUCAGCGCUGUCUACAUGACUGUGCUGAAUAGUAUUAAGCACACUGCCAUGUCCAAAAUUUCAAUAGCAUUCUCCAGGGGCACAGUUAAGUUCCGUCAAGCACACUUAAAGGGGAAUAAGCCUGUGUUUGUGAACUCCCAGUUUUUGCAUGCAUAUAGGAAGUAUUGGCCACACCACAACGACAUUACAUUAUCAACCGGAACUGAUCUUGGCUCCUCAUAAGUAUGCAUAUGUAUAUAUUUGUCGCUUGACUCUUGACUCUGUCUUGGCACGGAGCCCAGGUGGGGAGCAGGAUGGAGUGCGGUAGAUGCUGUGCAAGUCUACUAUCACUAUAAACUAACUCACAAGCAAGGCACCAUCCCUGCUUCGCCUUGCUGUGGAGCACACGGUGGACAUCGUCGAGACCGACGGUCGAACUCUCGGAGGGCUGUCAACUGGAGGGAUAACUCGGUCUUCUCAGGGCCGAGAGUUAGAUGGCAAUGGCCCCUUCUUAAUGUGACCCAUAUGACUUUUCCACUCAGUUGGGGUCCCCGGCCCCUUGUUUAUGCGAACCCUGGUCGUUCUGCGUGGGCCAGGCGUGUGUGGCAAGUGCAGACGGAUUGUCAGCCACUGUUGUGUGCCUAGACGUACACAUGGAUCCCCCGAAAAGAGGCUCGUCGUCUACUAAAUGUCGAAGCUCCGGAGCAAGGGAAUACGUGGCUGUGGCAACUGAGAACACGGAAAGAUUUCCCUGCUUGAUGUCACCGCGUCAGGGUAGACAUUGGACAUUUUAUUUACCAUUUAAAUAUCGAUUGCGGGGUCCUACGGAGAAAAUCUUCGGCUUUUACUUCAAUUGUGUGACGAAAAUAUGCAAAGGAGUGUUGGCAUAGUAAAUUCAGUUCAGUAUUUCUACAAAUCAAAGAAAAAUACAAAAAGUCCUCCGUCUUGCUAUCAAGAAACUCUGGGCUUGUCCUCAUGACAUCGACAGAUUUAGUUGCACCUUUGCGUUGAACUCUUUGUGUGGUCAAAGCGUAAAAACUUAUUACCACUAAUAAAUUGCUUUCGUGCGUUAAUCCGAAUCACCAUCAACGUUUAAAUAGUAUAUUUGAAGGCCAAUCGGUUAUUCUUCGAACUGAAUUCCCAGUCCAGAAUAUUUUUUUAGAGUAGUAUGUAACUAGUUGAAAUGGGAUUGCUCCGCCAAACGGUUAUGCUAUCAAAUAGGUGACUCGUUUUUAUCCCGACUUAUACCUUCUAACUUUUUUAGCGAGCUGCGCAGUACGAGCCGAGACCAGGCACUUGACGAUGCUCUGUGUAUACAUUAGAAGGCAAGGCACGAGAGGGACUCUGUAAUGGCACUUAAGCACACAGGGGAACCUUGGGAGUUGGUUGACUGUUCGUACAGAAGACACUUUAGUGAUCAAGGUUAAGAGCGUAGAAAUAAACGAAAGCAAAAUACCAGCCAUAAUGUUUUUUUUGGAUUUUCUAGAUAAAAAUAUCAGGAAUAUACGCUGUACACAAUCUCGGAAACAUGUUCCAUUGGCUGAUGACUACAUGACUCCCAAAUAUCUCUGGAAUCUGGCACAUUAUACACCCAACUCGUCAAUCCACGCUGCCCAAGGACAUUCGGUCAUGUGUGUUUCCAUAAAAUCUUCCAAAAAAACAGCGCAUUCCAGACCCCAUCAACACGCCUCGCUCUACCGGACCACACACUUCCCCAGACUACAUGUAAACCCCUUCAGACCGCGCGAAACAUCAAGUAGCGGUAACACGUCGUCCUGGCAACAAGCAUGUGAGCCACCUCGUCAUCGCCGUUGUGACCGGCACAACGCUGCAUGUCGGAACAAUCGUAGCUCCCGUCAGUGGGAAGCAUGUUUUCAGUGCAUCCUGAUGCAUGAAAUUGUGACCAGGUCAUAGGUGUAGAUGGGCUCUCUAGCUCUGGCAGCCGCAACGCCCAAUCCCAUCAAAAGUUGGCAGAAAGGUUCAGACGGUCGACUGGUGCACAGAAGAGUGUGAGGUCAGCAAUAAGGACCCCGUUCCCACGGAACAUCAACGCAUUUCCCGCCACUAUAAACCUGACAUGUUUGAAUCUACCGCAGCGCACUCAAAGUCGUGGCUUGGAAGACUGCCAUCCGUCAGGAUAAGUCGAUCCUCAUGGGAGUAUUUUGGGACGAUUGAAGAACUGGGAGCCAGUCUGCAAUAGUCCCUUGUUAAUGUGGCUUUUGUGACACUGACUGGUAUGGGGUUGGAGCCAUUGUCACUUACGUAUGCUGGAUGACAGAUCGUAUGUGGAACUCGUAGACGGACAGUUUAACGUGUUCAGCCACUGCGCCCUAGCCAACUUAUUGUCGUCUUGACACUUGCUUGCCAUGGAGGCCUAGUGGGUGAGAAAGAGAGAGAGAGAGGGCGCGAGGGGAGAGAGAGAGUACGUUGGAUGUUGCGCCAGUCUACCUCCCUAUAAACCGAUUCUCGCGCCGGUGCUGCGACUACUCCGUCAAGCACACUGCGAACGCCGUCGUCCAUGACGAUCUUGAUCUCUCCUUUCAAAGUAUUCCUUAAACAAUGCGUAUACAUGUAUUGCAAGUGCGUCGUUAGGCCGUCCAUUUGAAAUGCAACCCACCCUCUGGGACUGGUCCAUGUGCUCAUCCAUAGAUUGCAUGGUGACUACGAGCCCUCGCCGGGGUGUUUAUUGUUGAACUUCUUAGGAGAACGCGGAAAAACCGUAUGCCUUCGCUCUGAGCGAACACACCAGUCACGAAGCUCGCUACUGGGCCAUCGGGCAAAUUAAGAUGUUUUACUGGCACUGCAUCCUACCCAGUUCUAAAAUCGGGGAAAUGAUGUCGGAAACAUAACACUGAGCCCCGCCUAAGGUGAGGUCAAAAAGGAGGAAUUUACAUAGCAUGGACUUUUCGGAAACACUUGUUAAUUAGGAACCGCUUUGGAAGACCUGACUAUGCCUCUGAGUCUGCUCAAUGAGGCCGGGCUUGAAUUCAGGCCAAUUCCAUACAUUAAAAAAUAGGUAAGAGGAAAUUUGAAAACACAAAAAAAAACUGAGGGCACUGACAACGGGAUACGAGCACGCCGGUGGCCUGAGGAAUUGAGACAAGGUUCGUUAAAAGCUAUUGUUCCAGCAACCCUGUCUCCUUAUUCGCGACUACUUCCUGGAACUUGCCUCUCCGCUUUCAGAAGCAAAUAUAUCUAAGUAUAGCGUGCACGUUCAGCUUGACGAUACAGCAUGUGUCGGUGAAAAAUAUGUCUAAAAACAGCUUGGUGGAUGGAUCUAAGGGUUUUCUGAUGCCACAAACUUUGAUCCUACAUAUUAUCACCAAUUAAAAGGGGACACUGUUUUUUAGUAUUUAGUAAUAAUUAGUAAAUGAAUUUAACACCCUUUUGCAGGUAUUGCCAAAAAGGUAUUGCACUGUCGUAUCUUUACUCCGAUGGGCACCUUAAAGCGCCUUGGCCGCCCUCACGUAACAGCUACCGCAAGGUUUUUUAUUUCUUCCUCUGGCACCCAAAAAUAAAUAUCUCCAGUUAUCCUCGUUUAGCACAAUUGCUCCCUGGAGUAAAAAAACCCCGGCCAUAAACCGUACCAUUGCCGGAAUGGCCAUUUAGGGUUGUUACAUGUGACCAAUUCCCUUGGGCCUGGGACGGUUUGGUAACCCGCCCCUGAGCAACUGUAACGAAUUUAUAACCGCAAUGAGACCCUCUUCUACGAGCUUGGCUUGUGUUUGCAAAUUGUGGCUAAGGUAGUGAAUCGAGGGUUCUAUUAAGCUUGCCAUUUAUUAUUGGCAAGUCCAUCUACACUCUCGUGCUUAUAAGUUCCGCGUCCAGUAGAUAGGUAUUAAAACCGGAGUCACUGUUUUAGUUUCCAAGCCGUUGUACAGUACGAUUGCAUAAGUCAGAACCCCGGAUUAAAGCCAUUAUUUCGGCCGACUGAGGUCUGUCUGGCAAUGUUCUUCACCAUAACAGUUCAACCGUUGUGCUCGACGAUGCCCACCUUGUGGUAUUCAGCAAGAUAAGGCAGGCGCGGUGACUUGCGUAGCAUCUGCCGCAGUCUCGCCUCUUUCACCUGGACCUAGUGUCAAGACGUAGUCAAGAGGACCGGAGAUGGUAGCGGACGCAGGUGGCUGGCACGACUGGAUGCGCACCCAGGUAUGCCAUCACAUCCCUCUGGUCUACGAUAAACACUUGAUAAGGCUUUUAACUAACAACAACAGCACCACACUGGGUCAAAAAGACGACGAGGAUGACUGGGCAACUAUACUCCCCACCUAUUUACCCAGCGGGAGCGUAGAAGCAUUUACCGGCACGGAACUAUGCGUCCUAGAACUGCCACCCCAUAACAGACUGCGAGAGCCAUAAUUUUCCGAUCUCGGCAUAGCAGAUGCAUACAUGUCUUGGGGCCCAGAAGGGUGACACGCAGCCCUGCAUUUGCCUGGGCCAUUAACCUUCAAAAUACAGAGUAAACAGUCAGUCUUCGACUGAGAGGUCCUAACCUUUGGCUGUUGGCUUUGUAGAUAUUGUGCCUGUCUUCGAUGUUUUCCUCCAGGUCGGUCGGUCACGGGCGAUGUCUUCCCGGUUCGCCGGGUUGAUGCACAGGCGACUCAGGGAAGUCUUCGUAGUACUCGUGUAGCGCCGGACUUGACCGUCUUGUCAACGGGAACCCGCGGCGGCAUCUCCAUAGAUGAGUCGUUUGGGCAGCCGGUCGUGGUCCAUGCGCACGAGGUGGCAGCUCCAGAGCAUUUGCAGUUGUCUCGGCACGGCGUGGAUGCUAAGGAUUCCAGUUCGUUUCAGUACAUCCGUGUGCGGGAUCUGGUUCUGCCACCUCAGCUGCAAUAAAUGGUUUAGUCUCUGCGCCUGCAUCUUGUCACCGUCCAGGUCUCCAUCCCAUACAGCAGCAUUGGCAAGAUGACUGCUUUACACAUCUUGGUUUGCUGCUAUUUUGGUGAUUGUUACGAUUCCAAACGGUGUUUUGCAGAAGACCGGAGACCAGACUGGCUUUGAAGAUUUUACGGGCGACUUCGGCCUCGAUUUUAGUGCUGCAAGAAACUGCGCUGUCCGGAUAAGUGAAAGUGUCCACGGCAUGCAGAUGGGCGCCGUUCACGUUGAUGUGGGCGGCAGUGAACGUGGUGUUUGGUGGUUAGGUUUGGGGGUGUCCAUCGGUGGGUUCAUGCGAUGGUCGUAGUAGAUCGCUCGCUGCUUGCGGGUGCAGACUACGCCUAGCGUCCAUUUGCUGACACCCAACUCUCACAUGUGGCUCCCCGAAGCUGGGCUCUGCUCAGCGACAACACCCCGGGCAACCGCCUCAACCGGCGGGCUAAACCAGGUGAGGGUAUCCGUGAGUGCAUCUGCGCGCACGGUACUGUGGACUCCGCUGGCCGGGUAGAUCUCCGCGUCGGCAUCGUCGAGACGAGGCUCCGCCUGGAUCACCGCAGGUGGCCACAAAGUAAAUGAACCCUCAGGUAAACGAACUUUGCUCUGUUUGUCUAAUUGUCUGUUAGUGUUAAAUGCUGUAUACUGCUCUUGGUGCCUGCUCUGUGUCCGUCUAGCUGCGCCUCUCUCUGCUAAUAGCUAGGGGUUAGUGUGCUGGACUUCGUAUGUUGCCUUGCUUAAUACUGUCCGUGCCUGACGGCUAUAUCUGCUGGUUCAUCCUGUUCUAUGCAUCUUCUCUCCUACUUAGUUGCCCCCAAGGCCUCAGGCUAAUUUGGGUCGUUCUCUCACUAACACAAAGCCGUAGUCCAUAGUGGAGUCCGGCAGCCGUCUGGGAUAACCGGACAGCCCUAUUUAGGGGAUAAGCUGCCUGCCCCGCGAGGGGGAAGGAGCUGGAAAAGAUGUCCUAAAAAUUGCUGGUAGCCGCUCUGUCUGUAGGCAGGCCGUGGCCGCAGACAAAACAUACACGGUCGAAACAGCCAAAACCGAAACAACACCCAUUCUCUCUUCCUCUUUCUAUGUAUUCACCUUAUUAUUCUUCUCCCCGCCGCCGGCAGACUGGAAUGUUCGUUCCCUUUUAGACAAUCCGAGGAGCAACCGACCGGAACGGAGGACAGCGCUAGUGGUCCGGGAACUGGCGCGCUACAAGGUGGACAUCGCCGCACUCAGCGAGGCCCGAUUCUCCGAAAAAGGCCAAUUGGAGGAGGUGGGUGCCGGCUACACCUUCUUUUGCAGCGGUCAUCCCAGGGUAGAGCGACGAGACCCGGUCGUCGUCCUCGGCAACCGGAAAGACAUCGUGGGACGACUGCCCUGUCUGUCGCAGGGCAUCAACGAUCGCCUGAUGAGCCUCCGCCUCCCUCUCCGGGAGGCAAAUUCGCCACCAUCCUCAGCGCCUGCGCUCCGCCGAUGA